UUCAUAUUUUUGAAUGAAGUGCAAUUUCGAGUGUUUAUCAUUCAUAUUGACUUUAAAUAGCAAAACGUUAAAUCCACACAGGAAUAUUCUUACAGAGUAGUUAAUUAGUUAAUGCUAUCUAAUGGAGACUGCCUGCGCAGUUGUUAGCAUAACGGAGCAAUCUUGUCGCAGUUGUUUACAAAAUUGUGAAGACACAAACUCUCUCGACGAUGAAGUAGAAUACGGAGACGAAACAUUUGUUUUACGAAAUUUGUAUAUUCAAAUCUUGCGUGUUACUGAUAUUCAAAUACCAACUCCAAAUCAAUGCCCAGUACAAUCGUUUCCCACCCGCAUAUGUGGAGAUUGUACUCAUAAGCUUUUGAGUGCUUAUGAUUUUAUUUGCAAUGCAGAACGUUCUGAAGCGGUGCUAAGGCAAUAUCAGCAAUCAAAUGCAUCUAAAUUGGGCACAACUCUAGAGACACUUUUAAUAGCUGAGGUGAAGAGAGAAACCACAAAUGAUGAGGUAGAGGAUGACAAUUGUCAAAAUAUCGAUUCUUUUGACACUGAGUACCUUCUGGAUGAGUAUGAUGACGACAAGGAAUUGGUUGAGGCAGCCGAAGACGCAGUUGAUGAUGAGUUUGUGGCGGAAGAUGAAGAUGCAAGUUGUACGGAAAAUAUGAAUGUAUUUGAUAAUUUUGUGACUGAAAAUGUGCGAGAAGCUGAAAAAGAAAUAGAACAAUUAGAUGGAAAAAGCUCUGAUAAAACUCCUGUAUACAUUGAUAUGAUUGAAAAGAAACAGCCUCGAUACGCAAUCGGUUCACGCCUGGGCACUUUUGUAACAACUAACUGGCGCAAAUGUUCACAUUGUCAACGUGUAUUUGCCAGAAAUGCAACUUUGGAAAAACAUAUAAAAACUGCACAUACAAAUGUGCCACCCGAACAUAUUGCUGCUAUCGCGCCAAAGCCAACUGAGGAAAAACCAAUAUUAUGUGAUCACUGUCCACGCACAUUCGCACGUCAUUUUGCCCUGGAACGUCACGUUCGGGCUAUGCAUCCGGAUGUUGUAAUUGGAGAUGGUGAACCUGAAUGCGAUCCAAAGUUACAGUUAGAAACUACAAAGAACAAAAAACCCUAUAAACGCGGAAUUUGUCCACACUGCGGCCGCAGUUUUGCUCAAGCCAGCCUAGUAAUACAUAUACGUCGCCACACAGGGGAAAAGCCGUAUCAAUGUGACGAAUGUCACAAGGGAUUUCCGCGGCGCCAAGACUUAGUUGUACAUAAGAGACAGCAUACAGGCGAGAGACCGCAUGUUUGUACUAUUUGUGGAAAAUCAUUUAUACGCCCAAAUAAAUUGUCGCGCCAUAUGCGCAUACACACGGGACUUCGACCUUACAAAUGUUCCGAGUGCCAUAAAUCGUUCACACAAUCGAACGACUUGCGUAUCCAUAUGCGUCGACAUACUGGUGAAAAGCCUUACAAGUGUAACAUCUGUAGUGAGGGCUUCAUAAGCGGUACAGCGCUUAAAGCACAUCGAAUGGCGAGCAAUCACGCUCCACCAGCCGAUUUUGAAGAGGAUCCGUACGCAAAGUGCCGGUUAAAUAAGGCAAUUAAACUUGAUACCUAAGAGUGAGCAAAGUACAGCAACGCUACGAGUAUAAGAUAAUUUUUGAAAAUUGAAUAAUAAUUUUUGCCUGCGCCGGUAAAAUGUAAAAAUUGCAAGAUUCGAAAGUAUGAAGGAUACAUCUGUGAUUUUUACAAACCCCUAUUGAUCGAUGUCGUUAAUGCAAUAUCUAUAUCAGAAAUGAACAGCCGCUCAAAUUAA